AAGCGAGUUUUGCGGGGUACAGCGAUCAGCUGGGACAAGGUCGGAUAUAUUUUAAUAGCUGCUUAUCAAUCACAGCACGGAGGCAGCUAUUACUCAUCUUUUUGUGAGAUCAUCGUUUUAGCUGCCUUGCUAAUAAAGGAAUAAGUUCUCCGCUUCGGAUAAUCACCAGAAAUACACAGGUGGAAGAACCAACACAAAGAAGUGUUGCUGAAAUACAGUGUGAAGACUUUGAAAGACAAGACCAGUCAGAGGCUGUUCAAACAGUGAUUGCUACCAUGGCAACCACCUCAUGCAUCCUCCCAAGUGAUGUUACGGAAGAUACAAAAGAACAUUGCUGUGAAAAACCGCCGUGGGAGUUAAAAAGAAAAACAACAAUUCCGAAAGUGAAAGAAGAAACCGAAAAAGUCCUGGAUGUUUUCAUACGACGAAGUUUAAGUAUGAAUGAUGCAUCACCAAGACGAAAAUAUAUGAUUAAAAUUCGCAGACAAAACGGCAGAGGAAGAACAAUUACUAAAUGUCAGAUAUUGAGGAAGAAAGUCAGUUCAAAAGAGAACCAAGUUAUCGCGAGGCUGCUAGACACUCAGUGAUGAAUGAUCUUGAAUGCUCGGAUUAUGAUGAUGACGAUGAGGAAUCCAAACCAAUGUCUAACUCUGCACCGGGAAGUUUACAUUACCGUGUUGAAUUAAAACCGACAGAAGAAACUUUGAAAAAAAUGGAAAAACUUGAUCUUUUACCUCAUAGUGAACAACCAACGACAAAAACGAAAAAGAAAAAGAAGCAUUCAUUUUCAAGUAUUGCCCGGUCGAUACAGUCUUUUUUGAAAUCUCCGUCAGUGUCCAAGAAAAAACAUGACUGGGAGGAAGAAGAAAAGAAAGAUGCGUGUAAACAGGAAAAUGAGUCAAAAAAGGGCGGAAUUAGAGCCAGUAUUCGACGAAAGCUCAGAAGAAAAUCAUUAAAAGACAACCAGCGAUAUUCCAUUGACAGCGUACUUACUCCUUCUUCAACUUCUACAGCAGGUGCUAUAACUCCUUCAUCACUCUCAUCAGCUGAGAUUCUAGACUCACCAAAGUUUUCGAAAAAACACAAGAAACACAAAGGAUUUGGUGAUGCCACCACUCCGGGCAGUGAAGGUAUUGUUGCGAAUGGUGAAAUCCUACAUGGACAUAAAUCAGCCGACUCUGCACCAUUGUUCAACAUUGAAAUUGACGAUAAUAUGACAAUUAGCGGUGAUCAAUUUCACAGCGGCCGUAGCAAACAUAGUGACUAUGCCAGUCGAUCUGCAGCAUACAGACUGCAAGGAGAUAAUAAACGAGAAUCAAAAGAAAGUGAAAAAAUCAAAAACUAUCCUGAUUAUGUUCCUCCAUUGCACUGUACAGCUACAACGGGAGUCUCUCAGGACGACACCGACGGACCAAACUUCAGCAGAGAAAAUGACUCAAACCAGCCUCAAUUUAGAUCUCUGAGUGCAAUGUCUGGCCCACCGAGGCCAACAUCUUUGAAUGUCAGUCCGCAUACCUUACGUUCAUUUGAUAGACUAGGACAAGUGGAGAAUCUGGGACUGAAUGGUAUCACAGAGGCUAUAGAAGUUGAGAUGAAUGAGAGAGAUGGAUUGAGAGCCUCAGGAGCUCAUGUUGUCAGACUCUCCGCGGAUGUUGUUGAAGAUUGUAGUGGGUCUGUAGAAGACUUUAGCAGUGAUGAAAAGUAUAAACCCUUCAAGGAUCGAUCAGACAAAGAAAAGGAGGCCCUCUAUGAGAAGAUUGCAGCCAGGUUGGCUGCCAUUGGUGACAGAGUCACAGUGGACCAUGCGGUUGGCGAAUCCAUGGCUGAUGAAUUAAUUGGUGCUGUUGGUGGUAGCAGCCCCUCUCCAAAGAAAGAAAUUCAAGAAGAAAUUAUUGAGAUUCCAAUUGAUGAGGAAGAGAUCCCAUUCACAGAAACUGAUGCUAGGCAACUAGGAUUAAGAUUACGUCAUCAUGGCGAUAGACGGUCAAGUUCAGAACUAUUUUCUAUACCUUUAUCUGUAUUGAUGUCGGUCGUGCAGAACACCCGCUAUGAUACGUUUAAAGGCGUUGCCUCACAUCUGAUCGGUAAUGACACAAGUUGGCGAGGUUUGUCAUUGGUUUUGAGGCUAACUGGUGAUGCUAUUAAACUAGCUGGGCGUACACCGUCAGCGGUAACGCAAAUUAAAGACAACAGUGUCAAGUUCAUUAACGAUAAACUCGCCGGAUGGAUCGCAAGUCAGGGGGGAUGGGAGUCUGUAGUUGAAGAAAGUAUAAGUUCAUCAGGAUCUGAGACUGAAGUCGACUGA